AUGGCGGCGGCUGCUGCUUCUUCUUCGUCUAAUUCUUCCUGGACUUACCAUGUGUACUUGAGUUUCAACGGCGAAGACACUCGUCGCGGUUUUACUUCUCAUCUUUAUAACGCUCUGAAGCAGAAAGGAAUCCAUGCUUUCAUGGACGAUACAGAUAUUGAAAAGGGAGAUGAUAUCUCUGGUGAAUCAUUUUUGCGGGCAAUUGAAGCAUCACAAAUUGUGUUAGUAAUUUUCUCUCCUGCGUAUGCUUCUUCCCAAGAUUGUCUGGAUGAGCUGGUGAAGAUAAUGGAGUGUCAAAGAAGGCUACCUCAGUUAGUUAUCCCCAUAUUCUAUUACGUAGAUUGGUCCGAAGUUCGUCGUCAACGAGGCAGAUAUGGUGAAGCAAUCGAGCAACACGAAAAAAGAUUGGGAAGCGAGAGUGAUGGGGUGAUGCGGUGGAGGGAGGCACUCACCGCAGCUUCCGGCAUUACCGGCUUUAGUUCUUCAGCAUAUCGGUCUGAAAGUGAGCUGGUUGAGAGAAUUGUUGAGAGUGUUUUAAGAAUGUUAGACAUUGAAGAAUUGUUUGUCGGUGAACAUCCAGUGAGAAUAGAGUCACAAGUUAAUGAACUAAAAGUUGAUGAAUGGUUCAAUUACGAUGUGUUCUUGAAUUUUAGAGGCGAAGACACUCGUCGCGGUUUCACUUCUUACCUUUAUAACACUCUAAGACAGUCAGGAAUCCACGCUUUCAUGGACGAUUCAGGGCUCGAAAGGGGAGAAGAGCUCUCUAGCUCAUUAGUGCAAGCAAUUGAAAGAUCACAAAUUGCUUUGGUAAUUUUUUCUCCAGACUAUGCUUCUUCCCGGUGGUGUCUGGAUGAACUGGUGAAGAUAAUGGAGUGUAAAAAAGGUCUGGCUCAGGUGGUUAUCCCUAUCUUCUAUGAAGUAGAUCCGUCUGAUGUUCGUCAUCAACGAGACAGAUAUGGUAAAGCAAUUGAACAACACGAAGAAAGAUUGGGAAGCAAGGGUGAUGGGGUGAUGCGGUGGAGGGAGGCACUCACGGCAGCUGCCAACAUUUCCGGCUUUAGUUCUUCAGCAUAUCGAUAUGGUAAAGCAAUUGAACAACACGAAGAAAGAUUGGGAAGCGAGGGUGAUGGGGUGAUGCGGUGGAGGGAGGCACUCACGGCAGCUGCCAACAUUUCCGGCUUUAGUUCUUCAGCAUAUCGGUCGGAUAGUGAGAUGAUUCAGGCUAUUGUUGAGAAUGUUUCAAAAAGAGUAGACACUGGACAAUUGGUUGUCGCUGAGCAUCCGGUGGGAAUAGAGUCACGAGUUCAUGAAUUGACAAUUGAAUGGUCACAAAAGAGAUCCGAAAAACAUCUUAUCGUAGGCCUCUGGGGGAUGGGAGGUGUGGGCAAAACAACUAUUGCCAGAGCCAUUUACAAUACAAUUGGCCGUAAGUUUAGAGCAAGAAGUUUUCUUGAAAAUAUAAGAGAAAAAUCAGAACAUACUAAUGGCCAAAUUAAUUUGCAAAAGCAACUCAUUUAUGAUAUCAUUAAAAAUGAAGUUUUCAACAUACCUGACAUUAAUAGAGGGAAAAAAAUAAUUCAAAAAAGAUUUCCCAAAAUAAAAGCAUUUGUUGUAUUGGAUGAUGUGGAUAGUGUGGAUCAACUAAAAGCAUCAUGUGGGAGUCUUGAAUGGUUUUGUCCUGGGAGUGUGAUAUUCAUAACAACUAGAGAUCUCCGUUUACUUGAUGCCAUAAAUGCUGACCAUAAGUAUCCAAUGAGAGAAAUGAAUGGAAUGGAGCCUCUGAUGCUUUUCAGUUGGCACGCUUUUAAGCAAGCAAAUCCUUCUGAAAGCUUCGUGGAAUUAUCUAAAGAGGUAGUUGAUUAUUGUGAUGGACUUCCACUGGCUCUUGAAAUCCUUGGUUCUUGUCUACGUGGAAGAACAAUUGAACAAUGGAAUAAUGCAUUGUCCAAACUACAUAGCAUUCCUCAUAAAGAUUUACAAAAAAAGUUAAAAAUAAGCUAUGAUGGAUUGGAUGAUGACACACAGAGGGAUAUUUUUCUUGACAUAUGUUGCUUCUUUAUCAAAAAGGACAGGAACUAUGUUACACAGAUUUUAGAUGAUUGUAAGCUUCAUGCAAAAGAUGGACUACAAAUCCUCAUAGAGCGAAGCCUUGUAAAAGUUGGGAGGAAUAAUAAGCUUGAAAUGCAUGAUUUAUUGCAAGAGAUGGGGAAAGAAAUUGUCCGUGAAAGCUCACCUAGAGAUCCUAAGAAACGUAGUAGAUUGUGGUUUGAUGAAGAUGGAACCGAAGUUAUUCAGGGUAUAUCUCUAAAGGCAUCAGAAACCAGGAGAGAGCAUCUCAUUGAUUCUGAGGCAUUUAAGAAGAUGACAGAACUUAGAUUGCUCCAACUAGAUUAUGUAAAUCUUAAAGGAGAUUACAACCAUCUUUCCAAAAAGCUCAGAUAUAGCAACCUCAAAGUAGUUUGGAUAAAGCCCCAGAAGUUGUCAAUGUUGAAGACACUCCAUCUCAGUCAUUCUCCUUACUUGACACAAACUCCUGAUUUUUCAUACCUACCAAACCUUGAAAGGCUUGUGAUGAAAGAUUGUCGGAGCUUGAUUUUAAUUCACAAGAGCAUUGGAGAUCUUAAAAAUCUUCUUCAUGUGAAUCUAAAAGAUUGUAAGAGCCUCAAAGAUCUUCCUAGAAGCAUCUACAAGUUGAAAUCUGUAAAAACUCUCAUUCUUUCUGGCUGUUUUUUGAUUGACCAUCUAGAAGAAGAUAUUGAGCAGAUGGAGUCCUUGACAACUCUUAUGGCAGAUAACACUGGCAUAAUAAAAGUACCCUUUUCAUUAGCAAGAUUGGAAGGGCUUAAGCAUGGAUAUGUUUCUUUCCCUGGCCAUGAAGGAAGAGCACAAGAUAUAUUUCCUUCUCUCAUAUGGUCUUGGAUGUCACCUGACAAUAUUCCCCACUCCCGUAUUGAAGAAUUUGUGCAAAGCAUAUCAUCUAUAGAUAUCUCAGUUAGACAGGAUAGUGGCUUUUGUGGCCUAUCUCCAUUUCUGGGCGAUCUUGUGAAGCUCCGAGGUAUGUGGGAGCAAUGUCGAUCAAGGUUUCGAUUUAAUGAAAGAAUGGCAAGACUUUUGGAUGCCUUGUAUGAGACAAAUUUUGUAGGAUUUGAAUCAACUCGAGAUAUACCCCAGAUCUCACAUAUGGAAGCUUCUCCGUCAUGUGAGGUCCAUGACCAAGUUCACAUUGCAAGGCCAGCAGAUUCCUUGAAAUCUCUUUUAAUUCAACUUGGAGUGUUAGACAAAGCAAACGUGUUGAAAGAGGAAAUUUCUCAGGGAUGGAAGUAUGGUGGGUGGGAUGAUUCUCAACUGCCUGGUGACCAGUAUCCCGACUGGUUCAUCUUCAAGGGUGAAGGACGGUCGGUAAUUUUGAAGGUGCCUCAAGUCAUAGGUUGCCGCUUGAAAGCAAUACUUCUCAAUGUUGUGUAUUGUUCUUGCAUGGAUAACACAAUGCCUCAACUUCUCAUGAGUGUUCUGAUCAUCAAUCACACGAAGGCUACUGUUAAUCAGCUCAAGGGAGACUCGGCAACUUUCCAUGAAGAUGGAGAAUGGCACAGUAUCAUUUCAAGUUUUCAACCUGGUGAUUGGGUUGAGCUUGUUUUAAGUAUUGGGCCUCAAUUUCCUGUGAAGAUGAUUGCAGCAUACCUGAUUUAUGAUGGUUCUAAGCCUCGCAGAGUCAAUUUCGAGAAACGUGUUUUGAACAACGCUUAUCAUCUUCAAAACAGGUUUUCCAGAAAAGCACAGUAG